AGGUGGGGCCAACUGUGCGGACCGGCAGCGCCCCAGGCUCCCGGCAGAGGUGCCACCUUCCCUCUCCCUCCCCGUGGGACGGGCAGCCCCAGGGGCGCGGAGGAAAGCCUCCACCUGGGUGCGCGGAGGACGGGCCAACCGACAGGUAACACACCCGGGGUCCGUGCAAGUCACAGCAGGCGGCUGUAACCGUGGCCCCCGCUCCACACCCAGCAGAGCAGGUGAGAGGAAGGCGGGGCAGGACCCGCCUUGGAAGUCACUGACUUCGCUGAGUUAUUCCGAAAAAAGGAGAAUUGCCAACUUCCAGCUUCAGCUCAGGACGCCAUGCGCCGGGGGCCACAGCACAGCCUGACUGGCACGGUUGUCAGCUGCCCCCUGCACCACGCUGUUCCCCGGGACCUGGCCGUCGCUCAGGGUGCAGGAAUUUCUGAGGGCCUGGGGGGAACCAAGCGCCAUAUCCGAGAGGAAACGCCCAGGGCCACCCCCACAGUCCCCAGGCCAAGAACAGCGACCUCUACCUGCACACUUGGCUUCCCCAGGAGGACCAUGACCUCGUCAACGAGGCCCAGCAAGGACACGAACACAGGAUCCCGGUAGUCGAACCGCUGGCCGAAGAGGAGCGCGAAGAUGACGACUGGACCCUCUGCCAUUGUGUUGCCUCGAGGAUAAGAAACCCCACCUGCAGAGCAAGUGACUGAGGGUCCCGGCUUUUCGGAGCCCGGGGGCGGGGCCUGGGCACGAGGGGCGGGGUCUCGGUGCUGGGGGCGGGCCCUGUACCUCCAAGUCCAGGCCCGUCAGGGGCGGCUAGCCGCUCGACGUGCUCGGCGCUCCCGCGGGGCCUGCUCCGCGAUCGGCCGGCCGUCCUGCGUACGGCGCGCGUCGCCCUAGGAGAGUCUGGGUGCCGCCAUCAUGUCGACGGCUAUGAACUUCGGGUCCAAGAGCUUCCAGCCGCGUCCCCCGGACAAGGGUAGCUUCCCUCUCGAUCACUUCGGUGAAUGUAAAAGCUUUAAAGAGAAAUUCAUGAAGUGUCUCCGGGACAAUAAUUUUGAAAAUACUUUGUGCAGAAAUGAAUCAAAAGAAUAUCUAGAGUGCAGGAUGGAGAGGCAACUGAUGGCACAGGAACCCCUGGAAAAGCUGGGAUUUGGAGAUCUGAUUGAUGGAAAAUCAGACAAAAACUGAGCUGUGCUGGGAGGAAGCCCGUGGCUGUGUGGGGUCGCUCGGACUCCCGCCCCCACAGCGUGCUCAUAGGUACCAUGGCUCAGAAGGGGACUCUGGGGGUGCCGGCGAGAUGCUGCUCGGAACCACGCCAGACGCCCCUCCCUGGGGACGUGCCUUGAGGCUAGGAAACGGCUCGUCUUCUGAAGCUUCUGAAAGGAUUUUGGGAAAGUGGUGUCCCUUUUAGAUUCCUGUUUCCCUCAGGCUUGUGAAGGUUUAUCCUAAGUUCGCGGGGGUGACAGGGAUCCCAGGGAGGUGAGGUGUCCGGUGCCCACCCAGGGCACUGUGGGCACCAGUGAGGUGCUGGGUUCACGUCGUUGGCUGUGUGUGAACGUUACAUGGAAGUUACCUAGACGUUGUCAGGAAGACGUUCCUAGCAAGUGGGUUGCUCUUUGUACUCAUAAGCAUAUACUUUGUUCGUUUCCUUUUCUUUUUUUUUUGAAACAAAAACAGAGGAUAAACCUGGAAGGGGAAACUGGUUUUGACA